AUGGAGACCGUCGAAGACAUUGACAAAAACAAAGACGGUUUCGUAGACCUUGAGGAGUACAUCGGUGAUAUGUACCGACCAGAAGACUACCCCGAACUCAACGGAAAGGAACCGGACUGGGUAGCAUCGGAACGCGAGAUGUUCAAAGAACACCGGGACAAGGAUGGGGAUGGCAAGUUGAAUCAGGAUGAGAUGAGGGACUGGAUCAUGCCAGUUGGAUUUGACCAUGCUGAGGCUGAGGCUCGUCACUUGGUAGGCAUCGCCGACGACAACAAGGACGGCAAACUCUCGAUGGACGAGAUCCUGGCUCACUACGACACGUUUGUCGGAUCGCAAGCCACCGAUUACGGAGAGCAACUGCAAAAGCACGACCCGUCAGAGCUGUGA